AUGCCAGAUAAAACCAUUAAAAGUUCGUCUAUAAAACAAUUAUUUCAACGUAUAAAUUACCAACGUCAUCGUCAUCAAUUAUCAAAUCGGUAUGAUUCUUUUAAAUAUUUAUUUAUGAUGUUAAUAACAACUAUUUUAAUAGCAAUUCUCCUUAAAUGUCAUACAGUUGUAUACAACUAUUUAUUUGGUCCAUUUCAUAUGAAUAUAGAACAAUUUCAAGAAUAUUUAAAACUUUAUAAAACUAGAAAUUAUUCAUGGACAUAUUCAUUAUUUCGUGAAGAUUUAAUUCAAAUUGAAUUAGGAGAAAAUCAAUUGGAAAACAGAAACUAUCGAGAACAAUAUUAUUUUAACAAAUUGAUUUCAUCCUAUAAAAUGGUUAAACAAAUAAAAAUUAAAUCAACACUUUAUCCAAAUAAUUUAUAUGUUCGAUUACCAGCUAAACAUAAUUUUUAUUUUAAUAAAAAAAUACCAUAUAAAUUUCAUAAAUUUUCUAUUAAAACUUUACGUUGUAUUGUAAAAAAUUUAAAUUCAUAUGAAUAUCAAUCUUGGUUAGAAAAAUCAGAUUAUAUAAAAUUUAUUAAUGAAAAAUAUUUAAAUAAUUCAUUUGAAUUUAACGAAUUAGUUAUAACAAAAUGUGGUAUUUAUAUAGGUUAUUUAUAUUCAUCAUCAAGUUAUACAUAUUAUGCGGAUGAUAUUGUUUUAAAUUCAUCAGAACCUUAUUUAACAGAAGUUUUAUUUUAUUUAAUAUUAUUUGGCUGUUCUAUAAUCUUAUGGUUACUUUUAAUAUCAUUAUUCUAUUUAUGUAGUUAUCUCUUUACUUUACAAAUAAUAAAAUUUAAGAUUAAUCUACAUCAUGAUGUUCUCGAAUAUUUUCAUUUAUUAUCAGUAGAUCAUUUAAAAUCAUUUGAAGAAUUAUUAUUUUAUCAUUCAUCUAACAUACAUGAAUCACAACAACUAUUUAUUCUUGAUAAUUAUAUUGUUUUAUUUAAACUAAAUACAAAAGAAUUAAACUUUUACAUUCUUCAACGAUAUGUUGACCAAUCACCAUUUUGUUUAAUUAAAAUAAAUUCAGUUACGUGGAUAAACACAGAUGGUAUUUAUUAUAAACAUAAUGAGUCAACGAGAUUGAUUAGAUGGCCCGGUCAGUCAUAUCAUCAAUGGUUACAUCAAAAAUUAAUUGAAACGAACCUCAAUUAUAAACAAACGUAUGUAAAUAUACACUUCUUUUAG